AUGGCACAUGCUAUUUUUAUUAGUUAUAUUGUUUGCUGCUCAGUCGGGCUGAUUCUAAGCGUUAGGCUCAUAUACCGGGAUUUAAAGCCGUAUAGAACGAACGAGAUGAAUAGGAUGUUCAGGGCAGACAGGCGCUGGGAGAGGGCUUUGGCUGCUGUAUUCAACGUCGCUCAAGCUGCCUUACUUGUGAAUAAUAUAACAGCAGUUACAAUGACGAUCACCUCCACUAGCUAG